CUGAGCAGAGCCACGCCCCUCCUGUGUGACCCUCAGCUCCUCACCUGUCUCACCUUACAUCCGCCUGACACAGGUGCAGUAAAGCCGGCCGGUGCUGGUGCUGGUAUGGAGCCCACUGCGUACCGGGGCCUGGGGCGCUGUGUGUGCUGCUUCUGGCUCGCGGUCGCCUUUGACGUCGUGGGUCUGCUCGUGCUUCUCGUGGGAGUGUUUGCCAGCGUGUUUUUCUAUGACCUGCUCAUCUACGCGGGCGCCAUCGUCAUCUUCCUCAGCCUGAUCUGGUGGGUGUUCUGGUACUCGGGGAACAUCGAGGUUCCGCCGGCGGAGCUGGAGGAUGAUGUGGGUUUACUGAAGAAGGACGCGGGCGCGCUGCGCGGCCUCAGCGGCGUCGUGAGGCGCUUCUCCAGCCGCGUGUCCAGCGGCAUCAGGAGCUCGCUCCGCAGGAACGGCUCGGUCGGUGGCGCGCGGGCUCGCGCACAGAAGUCAGCCGCCGAGGCUCCGGAGCCGCAACAGGUGAGCGUUGCUAUGACAACGAGGGUCCCACUGGAGAAUGACCCUGACCCCACGGUACCAAAGGUGGAGGAGAGCUGUGAAGUGCAGAUGCCGCACACAACUACUGAGAGCUCACCUGCGUGACGGAGUCGGUCCGACAGAGACUUUAUUUUAGGUUCCUGCAGCACUGAGCAGAGAAGAGCCCGCCUUCAGUCCGUGAAGCUGUGUCUCCAGUUGAAUUUUUAUUUUUGUUUGAAGGUGUUGAGUUAAAGACGACAUAUUUUUGAAUCCAUAGGUCUGACGUCCUGUAUGUGAACUGAGAACAUCACUGUCUGUUAGCUCUAACACUAGCUUCAUUUCCACACCUUGUGCUUGUACUUUACUUUGUCAUUUUAACCAAAAGAUGUUAACAAAUGUGUAUUACUGUAAAAAAGUGGACUGUGUACAAAUACAUGACCUGAAUGACAAACGUGACUAGAAUAUUGUGAUAAUAUUCUAGUCUUUAAAAAGAUUUGUUUUGACCUUUUUACUUUUUAUUUGAAGUAUAAUCAUAUUUGUGACUUUUUUGUGACUAUACACCCAUGCAUGCUGUGUAUGUUAUGUAAAGCAGUGGUUCCCAAAGACUGGGUCAGGACUCACAGUUGGGUCGCAGCAGGUUUUUUGUGUGUGCAUAAAAUGAAGUUGUAAGUAACUGAGCAACUCAAACUGAUCUCAGGUGUCACAGAUUUAUCAUGAUCGUUCAAAAGUGGUGAAAGUAUCUCGUUGACUGUCCGACACUGACGGGCCAAGUGAAAAUCGCGAUCUGACGAAGCUUUUGGGCCGUCUGCCCUCACCUCCUGUGAUCUUCUUCAUCUUCUGUUUAGAUAUCAUGGUGAUAUCAUUGGUGAUAACCUGCAAAGCCAGUGAUUGUGAGGACUCAUUCAGCCCUGGUUUUUCUUAGAUGAACUCAGUUCAAGGACUCAGGGUUUGGUUCAAGCACCUUGUUUAAAACACCUCUGGCUUGUUUGUCAUGUUUUUCAUGCAUCAGAGGAAGAAUUACAGUUCAUUAUCUCAUCUGAGACGUUACAAGUCAUGUUCUCACAUAUAAAACACACCUCUGGUGGUUCUUCUGGAUGAUAAAGCUGCACAGAAAUCAUCAGUCAGUCCAUCCUCAGGUGCAAUGAUGUACUUUCCAUGGUCCAUGUCCACACAGAGUCUCGUAUGGCUCCCAGUUACAUGUACUGGACGUCCUCAGGUUUCCAUUAGUCUUAUCAUUUAUCUUCAGGUAAUCCAGCUUUUUCCCCUGAGGUCGAACCCUCCCAAUCCUGUUUAACAUUUUACAUCUUAAAUGCAAUUGAAUAAAAGCCAACAACAUAAUAAGCAGAGCUGGCCCAAAGCAUAAGUGAAGUAAGUGGCUGCAUGAUCACCAGGGGCCCGACAUUUUAACAUAUUGAAGAAAUAUAGAUAGAAAUAGAUAGAUGUAAGUUUUUUUGUUUAAUUCAGUAUCACCACACUUAGUGCUUCCAUAUUAACACACGUUCUAUUACAAUGACUUCGCCACCUUGUGAUGUUGUGUUCAUGACGAUUGUUCUUAUCUGUACGUUAUCUCAGAGACACUUCCUGGUUUAAUAAAACUGCAUAGUUGCAUCAUGGGUUAUAAGGAAA